AUGACUACCACUACUACUACUACUACUACUACGACUACUACUACUACUACGACUACGACUAGGACCAUGACUACCACUACUACUACUACUACUACUACUACUACUACUACUACUACGACUACGACUAGGACCAUGACUACCACUACCACUACUACUACUACUAAUACUACUACGACUAGUACUACGACUACUACUACUACAACUAGUACUACGACUACUACUACUACGACUAGUACUACGACUACUACUACUACGACUAGUACCACGACUACUACUACUACGACUAGUACUACGACUACUACUACUACGACUACUACUACGACUAUUACUACUACUACGACUACGACUAGGACCAUGACUACCACUACCACUACUACUACUACUACUACUACUACUACUACUACGACUACGACCAGUACUACGACUACUACUACUACUACGACUACGACUAGGACCAUGACUACCACUACCACUACUACUACUACUACUACUACUACUACGACUAGUACUACGACUACUACUACUACGACUAGUACUACGACUACUACUACUACUACGACUACGACUAGGACCAUGACUACCACUACUAAUACUACUACUACUACUACUACUACUACUACUACUACUACUACUACUACUACUACUACUACUACUACUACUACUACUACUACUACUACUACUACUACUACCACUACUACUACCACUACUACUACUACUACUACUACUACUACUACUACUACUACUACUACUACUACUACUACUACUACUACUACUACUACUACUACUACUACUACUACUACUACUACUAUUAAUAAUAACAAUAAUCACUAUUGUAUAUGA